UUCUUAGUUGACGUUGAGUUAUUUGACUCUCACCUUCGGUAUGUAGACCAAUCAGUGACAUUGAAAGCAUGUGCUGGUUUGAAUGGUAUUAAGUUGGGAGGCCAAGUUCUAACCGUGGUUCAAGCUGUCCCAGAUCCAGCAGCAAUUAAACCUGGUGCUCUGAGUUCUCUAUCCGGGAGCUGCUUCUGGGACCACAGUAUCUCAUGUUUCCGACAUUGUUGGCCCUACAGGAGUGGUGUAUGCAGUCGAGUUUUCACAUCACAGUGGAAGGGACUUAGUCAACAUGGCUAAGAAGAGAACAAAUGUUAUUCCUAUUAUCGAAGAUGCUAGACAUCCAGCCAAGUACCGUAUGUUGGUCGGAAUGGUGGAUGUAAUAUUUUCAGAUAUUGCUCAGCCAGAUCAGGCAAGAAUUUUGGCUCUAAGUGCAUCAUAUUUUCUCAAGGCUGGAGGUCACUUUGUCAUCUCAAUUAAGGCAAACUGUAUCGAUUCUACUGUUCCUGCCAAGAUAGUAUUUUCCCAGGAAGUGAAGAAGCUGCAGGCGGAUCAGUUCAAGCCUUUUGAGCAAGUUACUCUCAAGCCCUUUGAGCGAGACCAUGCUUGUGUCGUCGGUGGCUAUCGCAUGCCGAAGAAACGGAAAGCUACCCCUGCAUCAUAAAA